AUGAACAUCCCAGGAAUGACUUCCGGCAUGGCUCCUGCAGGCGCAACUGCAGGAGUCGGACUGCCCGGCGCUGGAAUGCAGGGCAUGAGCGAGCAGGAACAGGCAAUGGUGAAAGCGAUGCACGCGGCGAUGGAAUCGUGUCCCGUGAAGACUGUUAUUUCGGGUACGAUGGGAUUCGGUCUUGGUGGUGUGUUUGGGUUGUUUAUGGCUAGUAUGUCCUACGACUCAACCUUCACUCCCCAAGGAAAAGCCAUUAUGGACCUCCCCUGGCGCGAACAAGUCCGCCGCGGUUUCAAAGACAUGGGCUCCCGCUCCUGGUCGUCGGCCAAGAACUUCGGUAUCGUCGGUGCAUUGUACUCGGGCACGGAGUGCUGCGUCGAGGGACUGCGCGCCAAGAACGACCUCACGAACAGUGUGAUCUCGGGCUGUAUCACGGGUGGUAUUCUCGGUGCGAAGGCGGGUCCUCAGGCUGCUGCGGCUGGUUGUGCGGGUUUUGCGGCGUUUAGUGCGGCCAUCGAUGCUUAUAUGAGGAUGCCGAGCGAGGAGUAA